UUGCGGUGCAACCCACCCACAUGCAGAACAAUACUUUGUCAUGAAAGGACCAAUCCGAGUGAAGUGGCGACUGCACACCAUCUCUGAUCUUGUCUAAAAUGGAUUCUUGCAUAUUCAGCUGAAACUGUGGGAAUUGCCUUACAAGGCCCAUGCCCUGGGGCCGGCGCGGCUCGUUAAGGCUGGGCUAUAAACAUGCGCAGGUCCACUCGAUAGCCUUGCCAAAAACAUGCUUUCUUCACUGGAUAAUCGAUGCGAAUUGAAUGUGCCGUCAACCUCAUAUCAUAUCCGCCUUUCAUUAUAAGCCAAUUGAACAAUAAUCGGCGAUCAUGGGCGAUCAUGACUCGCCAGGUACUUGCCUGUCAACGGUACCACACGGCCCCCCAUUCCGCGAAGAUGUGCGCGAUACUCUUCUUCACUAUUUCGGAUGCCUUCGCGAGGAUGGAAAACGAGAUAAGAAUAAAUUCUUGUCGCCGAAUAGAAAACUGACCAAGGCCGAAGAGAACGCUGAAGAGAAGCUCUUUCGCGAAGAGUACCAGCGCCAAGCAUUUUUCAACUCUCUGCCUCCGCACAAGCAACAACGAAUUGAAGAAGAGAAGAAACGUAUUGGAGAUUUGCGGAUGUUGUUUGAAAGUGAUGAGAAUAAUAAAGGUCUUGUGACUAGGUUCCGGACUAGCUUGAAUAUGUGGGUUCGUCGACGGCUGGAGACUGAAGAGGGGAGGCUCCCAGACGAGAAAAAGCUCUGCAAGGAAAAUGCCUUCGGAUUGAGUGCGUACAUGAUGUUUUUUGAGGACCAGGGGGGUGAUACGACUAGUGGAUAUACUGGAGUGAAGGAUGAAGCAUUUCCUGAGAACUUCCCGAAUCAGAAGAUCCCUCUCAAGGAUCUCCUUUACAAUGAUGACCCAGACACGAAUCCACUUAUGAAACCCUGCAAAGAUGGAAGGAUCCGGUACUUCCAUCUUCCCGGGAACAACAUGGAAUGGAUCGAGGAAGCAAUUGCGCGUCAUUUCAACGAGAAACGACCUGACUACGACGGUCUAUUUAGGCAGCCAGCCAAUCCUUCAAAGUCAUAUAUGAUACUUCGGCCGGGAUUCUGGAGAGGUCAGCAACAUGGUGGUCGGGGUGAUGCCGUUCACGCGAGGCACAUGAGACCUCGGUGUGACAUUAUCUCCACAAAUCCCGAGCACCUCGAGGAAUCUCCGAAUAAUCUUGUGCUUUUUAUGCCAUAUCUGCACUGGGAAACUGACAGAUCCCGUCACAAAUUCGAAGAAUCGAUGCGUAACAUAACCGAAGAGCACACCAGGAAGGACGAGCAGAGAGGCAAGAAAUUCUUGUAUGUUUCGUCAGCAGAGGUGAAUUCACAAAAUCCACAGGCAUCAACAUCGAGUUCAAAAAAGAAGCCGCCGUCAGUCGAUGCGUCUGUUGAAUUUAUUGACUCAGAUAAACCUCUGCUGCGGCUCAAAACGCCAACUGAGAUGGUCCACGCGAAACUCCGAGACGAAGUAACAGCUCAUCCAACAUCCAAGGCUUCAAAGACGAGCGUGGUUAAGGCAUUGACACCGGGGAUGGUGGCUCCGAAAACCUUGUUAGGACAGGUACUUUAUAGAGCUGCGCAAAUUUCGGAAGCAAUGGACCGUUACCACGAAGAACAACUACUGAAAGAAUAUCUCCAUGGCAAUCCUCCCUUCCACGCACGGCGGACCCUUGAUCAAUCUUAUUACUGGACGCUACAGUCAACGAAAAAGAGAGACAGAGAUCAAGUCGUUUAUCGAGGCACCGCACCCAAGAAGAAGUUUAUUCACAACGCUCACUGCAAGACCAAGGGGGGGCCACCCUGUAGGCAAUGCUGGGACGAUAUUCGAAAGGUCCCCAGAGUGAUAAUGGUUGAUCAGUUAUGGCUCUGGAUUCUAAAUGGAAAUACCAUUAUCACAAGUUUCCCAAAACGAUACGGUCGAAAUAAACCUGAUCCAUCUGCAGUUCACAAAAGUAUCCGUCUGCGCCUGAAGCUUGUCCGAAAAAACGAGAUCAGAUCGAUUUACGACCUAGCUCUUAUUAUAAUCGACGAAUGCUCUAAAGUGUUCUUCGAUCGUACCAAGACAGCAGACCGACAACCUCAGAUGAUGGAUCUCUUCGCGGAAGCUAUAGGCAAUGUGAAUAAUCGAACGACGAUAUACUAUGACCACUUCUGGGACAUCACUCGCCGAUUGUCCAAGGUGUACAAAGAUAAGAUCAUUGUUGACGAUGUCGAAGAGCAGGCCAAAUCAUUGCUUGACAUCAAUCCCGAGGGAGAUUUGUCGAGAGAGAUUAAAGAUGUCCUAGAUGAGUUGCACAUUAUGCUUAACAUCAAAAGUAAGCAGCAGAGAGUGCUAAAGGACUUCCAGAAGCAUGUCGAGUACAUUUUAGCGCCUGAACUGGCCAUAGCGAAGGACAUGGGGACAGCAAGAGCGAAAACAGUCACUGCACUUAAGAUCCCCAAUAACCAGCAAACAAAUACAGCAAAUGAAGACACCGACAAGACAGAACACCAAGGAAAUACUGAAAAUAUUCGAGAAAAGACGGCCCUCAAGGCCGAAAAAGACGCGAAAUGGACGAUGGAAUUUGCGAUUCGUUUGUCCGCAGAUCUUAACAACCGAGUCGUCGAUCUCAAUCAUCUGAAAGAGUCUGCUCAGCAUACUGAAAAAGCCGUGGACGGACUUCUCGCAUUGAAGCAGCAACAGGCAGGGGUGGUUCAAGCGCGAGAAGCCGUCAGGCAAGCAGAAGAGACAUUGCGACAAGGGCGGUCAAUCAUGUUAUUCACUGUGAUUACUAUCAUCUUUCUUCCGUUAUCAUUUGGUACAGGGAUCUUUGGAAUGAACUUGAUGACAUUUGGACCGUCAUGGACACUGCACAAAGAAAUGACUUAUAUAUUCUUCGUAUCAAUCGUCAUAAUCGUUACGUCUCUGAUCCUCGGCUUCAGUCCUUUCGUUCGUUCAUUCCUCUCAUUAGUAUUAGGGGUGUCCUGGAUGUGGUUCGUGACUACUACGCGGCUCUAUGACCUGUGGUUCUUGUCAAGGCAGGAUAGCAGCGCACUAACAAGAAAACGAAUGAUGAUUUCGAGGAGGUGGAAAGAAGAAGCGCGGAGAAAGUACCUAGAGAGACAGGAUGAGAAGCAACAGAGACUUGAGGCAGAUGAAUUGAAGAAAGCAAAGCAAAAACAGAAGAAAACGACCCAGGGCGAGGUGGCCGAGGCCUUUGUUCGAAGCAGGAGGCCAGACAGUAACGUUUGACUUUGGAAGAUAGCAAGGAACGAAGCCUGAGUUGUAUUGAAUACUAGUCAAAGCCCGAGAAACGCUUUCUUAACAAUUCGGGUAUGUCAAAAAUAAACGCCAGGGGAAGUGGAAAAGUACCGCAAUAUUGAUAAUUGAGUGAAAAGGAACCAGGAAAGUGGGUGCUGUUCAAAAAAAAAAAUUCAAUUCCUCCCCAUCUCUAUACCGAACGUCUCAUGUCAUCAUACAAUUCCUUGUCACAAAGGACGACUAUCUCUGCAAUGCGCUCUCGGAAGUGGCGUCGCAGGUUCACAAUUGAUAUACCCGCGAGAUCUCGCAUUGGCCUGAAAACGUACAUCUGUUGCAGAAGCUGUUGCGUCGAAUCAUGAAGUGUGAUUGUACCCAAGCGCCGAAGAAGAACGUUGAUGGUGUUCAUGCGUUGUUCGAGGUCUUCCCUG